UAUUUGACUGUGUUACAGAUUAAGGGACAAUCUCUGCUGAUAGACGCCCACGCCUCGGAGGAAGCCGAUCCACGGAUUAGGCCCUGGAAGCCGUUUCCUUCACUUACAUUAGUUAACAUCACUUUAAGGGGAUUACAUUUGUGCUGCCCCACUUGCUGCAACAAUGAGUUUUAUGUUAAGACACUGAGGAUAUACUUCCACCUUCACUGUCUGUCUCUUUGGCAGUAAUUGACUCGUCCUAUUUGGCUAGCAGCACUGAAACUCCAGUUGUUAGCUGUAAAGUCCGGCUUUGUAAAGCGCUUUAUAAAUGAGGACAGUGUGGAGGAGAGCCCGUUUGAGUCACUAGACCGACAAGCUGCAGUCCGACACUCCAGCUUUGCCUCGCCAGGCCGGGUGUACUGUGUGCCCUUGCUGAAAACACUUUGAAAUUUAUUAAUAAACUUCUGACGACAGAUUCAGAUUUGACUUCAAAACUGCUUGUCCUCUCUUUAAAGCUUGUCCCUUCAGCAAUUUCAUCAUAAAUGCUAUUUUUGAACAGUCUGAAGAAAAUAUCUGGCUCUGCUGGCGAAACACUAGAGAGCAUUAGAAUAGUCAGGCAGGAGCUACUGUUUGACCAGCGGAUCAGCCAACAUGCCAGUGGAACUGAAAGGGAACAUUUUAGUGACAGGGGCCAACAGAGGCCUUGGUUUGGAGCUGGUGAAACAGCUGGCAGAGACGACAGGACAAGAGGCUCACAUCUAUGCCUGCUCCAGAGAGCCUGAAGGAAGCAGAACUGAGGCACUGAGACAGUUAACCACCCGACAUCCUGGAAAGAUCACUAUAAUCAAGCUAGAUGUUGCAGAUGAGGAAAGUAUCUCAGCUGCUGUGCAGGCUGUGCAAGAUCAGAUCGGGGAUGCUGGGUUGAAUAUCCUUAUCAACAAUGCUGGUAUUAGGAAACCGGCCUUGUCAGGAGCAUUAUCUGCUACCAAGAAAAACGACAUGAUGGAGGUGUAUGAAACCAAUGUGGUUGGACCAUUUACCAUUGCAAAGAUGUUUCUUCCAUUCCUGAAAAAAGCAGCACAGAUGGAUUCUUCUGCAAAGGGCAAUGAUAAUAAAACUGCCUGCAGCUCAGCCAUCAUCAACAUCUCCACAGCUAUUUCAUCCAUAGAGAAAUGUCCAGAGACCUUCUCAGCAGCACAGAUGUAUCCUUAUAGAAUAAGCAAGGCAGCACUGAACAUGCUGACUCGCUGUCAAGCCGAAGACUUCAAGACUCACAAUAUAGUGGUGACAGCCAUACACCCAGGCUGGGUCCAAACUGAGAUGGGAGGAGAAAAGGCUCCUUUGACCACCGUGGACAGCGUACUUGGCAUGCUUAGUGUGAUAUCGUCACUUAGCAACAAAGACAGUGGGAUGCUUCUGGACUGGCAGGGCAACACCAUCCCUUGGUAGCUGUCAUGUCAAAACCAGGCUAAUAGACAAUGUUUUCAGGUUAAAAUUCAAAUGAGAAAAAACAUACACGAAUAUAAACAUAAUAAAGCAUUGAGGAGGAGAUUUUUUUAAUUAAUUUUAUUCUUUUCUUUUUUUUUAACAUGUACUAGAAGCUUUCUGCAAACUGAACUGCUGGCCACGGUUCACCAGAGAGGAAAUGAAAUGACUUCACGAUCUAUAAUCUGGCCAUGCUUAGAAAUUUGUCUGUUUUCAUUGCGGGGAGACAAUAAUUUCCUACAGUGGAAUAAAAUUUAAUCUGAAAUUUCAGACAGUAUUAUAUGUAAAGAUUCAUUAAUCAUAUUAACAUCUCUAUAAGCAUUUCAGCCAGUAAGCAGAGUUUAUAGUUUGGAGGUGGCAUAGAAAUGAUGGUAUACAGAGAAAAUUAGCACUGGAAUGAACAACAUUUGAACUUCAGAUGGUUGUUAAGGCGUCUGUGUUGUCUUUCACAAAGGCUGUGGCUUCCAAAUGCUCUGUAGUAACAGAUAUUAUUAUAAACAUGAGUGCUAACAGCUGGGGAAAUAAUUUUACUCUACAUGUUUGCUUCUGUAAUAAAGUGAUAAACCGGUUUUGUUCCCAA